AUGUGCCAAAGAGGAAAUUGGAUAAUAAAUCUGUUUGUUAUACUUUGUUACUUAAGCACGACCAUUUCGCUACCUUGCACGGAGCAAAGUAACAAUACUAAUCAAAAUUUGCCAAAAGACUGGCCGUGUUCCUGGAAUGAUGGCGUUAUACCGUUUGUUUUGGAUUUGUUCUCAGUGAGCCCUCACCGAUUAAUCAAUUUGGUCAAAAAAGGACAUGAAUUUAUAGAGAUUCGAUCAUGUCUUCGUUUUAAAGAGUACGAUCCAACUAUUGCGGCUAAAAUCACUAACUUCACCUACUUAUAUUACACAUACUCCGGGGUCUUGGAGAGCUGUUGCUUAAAAUUCUAUAUUAAGCCAUACGGACGACGGUUAGUAGUUAUAACCCCAUUAUGCAAUAAGCCAGCUGAAACGGGCCACGCUACUCUUCACGCCAUGGGGUUGUUUCACGACAACCCAACUUACGAAUACUUCAGAGUACUUCUUAUUCACACCUAA